ACAGCUCACAUAAGAUUAGUUUUCAACCAUAAAAACUCAUUUAAUUUAAAAGCUGCAGCAGAGUAUAAGCUGGAAACCAGAGCUUAGAAAACAAAACAACCCCUUGGCCAAACUGUAACUUCCAGAGAAACGAUCCCAAACAGCGAGUGGUAAAUCGUUUCUUGUUUAAAGCUAAGAACCAAGCAAUUUCAGUGGUUUUUGGUUAUUUUUUUCAUCAAGAUGCGCAGGGAAGAGAAGAGACGCAAGUUCAAUGAAGCUGUCCUCAACACACUUUUCCCGCCUCCUUCCCCUCCAUCAUCACCACCAGUACACAGUCCAAAAGAUGAGGACGUGCCAUUGAGCAUUUUGCUUCAAGACUUUGAAGAAGACUUGGGGGAAAGUGGGUCUGCAACGACGAGCGGUGACGAUGAUGGUAAUGGUGAAAGUGAGCCUCAGAGGCUUACAAGGGCUCAGCGGAAGAGACUCCGCAAGAAGAAGCUCAAGGAAGAUGCUUCCCGCCGUAGGGAACUUAUUGGGCCCCUUUUACCUCCAACCGUCGAUCAAGGUGAAAACGAAGCUCAAGGUGUUCGACGUAAUGCCUCUGAGGAACCUGAUGCUGCUAUCGUCGAGAAACCAGGAGAUGAGCCACCUGCUUGCAGUAAUCAGAACAAGGUAAAGCAAAGGAGGAAGGCAAAGAAGCUGGCCAGGGAAAGAGAGCAAGAUUGAAGGAAGGGCAAUUAUGCACUACGAAAUUUUUCUUACUAGAAGUUUGCUUGGUGGUUAGAAAAAAUUAGCUUACAAUGUGACGAAAAUGAAUGAUUGAUGUCUUGGGAUGACUUUAUGAUUUGUAUACUUCUCUGGAUACUGAAAAUUGAAAUGUAUACCAAAAUGAUGUGCACAAAUGCUUAAGCUUGGUUCUAUAAAAGGUUGAGCUUCCAAUGUUUCUCAACCAAAUUUAUUACA